GGAUAGGUUAAGGUUUCAGAGUUUUUUUUUUAACUUUUUGAACAAUUUUCGUAAAUUUCGUGACAAAAAUAACGGCGAUUAGCUUAAAUAAGUAUCAUUUGCAACUCCCGCCGUCGUUUCCGCUGGAAAACCCUGUCCGCAAGAGCAAGAAUCUAGGAAACCGCUACCAAAUCGCAACUUUCAUCAAAAAUGUUUCCCCAACAAACGGCGAUGAUGAACAGCAACAUGAUGAUGCAGCAGCAGGCUCAACAGCAGGCUCAACAACAGGCUCAACAACAGGCUCAACAACAAGCCGCUCAACAAGCCCAACAACAAGCCCAGCAGCAGGCUCAGCAGCAGGCUCAGCAACAUCAGAUUUCCCAGCAACCGAAUCAGGCACAGCAAACCGAAAAAGUAGACAACAUUUCGAAGGUGAAGGGCCUGGUUGGCCCCCUCCGAGAUGCCCUUUCGACCACGAUCAAAACGGCAGCGCAGCUCAUCCAACAGAACAAUCUCACAGACGCCGGAUCGAAAUCUGUGGAUCACAACAACAGUACGCCACGGUUCGACAAACACCUGGAAGAGUUUUACUCCAUCUGUGAUCAAAUCGAGCUGAACCUCAAAACGGCCAAGCUGUGCUUGCAACAGUGCUCCUCGUCCCAAACGUAUCUGCCCAUCCCGGUGGCCACGAGUCAGCAGCCACCGCCAGAAACCAAUGCACUCACUUACAACCAGUACUUGGAGGUGGUGAAGCUCCAGAUCGGCUAUGCCAAGGACAUCCACGAUACGCUAAUCUGUGCUGCCCAAAAUAUCUCUCCCAGCGAAUGA